AUGGAUCCAGAAAUCAUGGAACGUUUUAUGCUGGAUGCAGCUAUCGCUGCCUCACUACAGGAAAGCCAAACACCAGAACCGCUUCCGCCGCCUCAACCCUCCGAGAGCUUGAAUUCUGUGAAAAAGAGCUCACCUCUUUCUGAUCAAUCAUUACAGCCAAAACCAAUAUCCAGCAAUGUCGUUGAUCUAACAAAGGACUCCAGUGACGACUCUGACGUCGAGGAGGUCUUCCCGAAAUCGAAAUCUGUGAUAGGCUCUGACACCGAUAAUGAGCCCGAUGGCAGUGGAUCUGAUGAGGACCUCAAGAGAGCCAUUGAAAUGUCUCUUGAGGGGGUGCACCGAGGAGAAAAAGGCCCCAAAGCUCAAAAACCGCUCGCGAGUUCCAAGGCCUCAGACUCUGUCGCCUCUGUACCAAGUCAGGGACUCAGUGGUCUGGAUCGCAAGAAGAUGGAGGAAGAGCGACUCGCCCGCCUAGCGAAGCGUAAGGCGGACAGCAAUUCGCCUCGUCAAUCACCUGCGAAGGUUCUCAAAACUGCCGGUCACAAACCCGAUCCAUCAAGUCAGGGUACUUUGUCCCAGGUAGCCCCUCAAAUUGGUGUCUGCAAUCAACCCGCUGCCAACGCUCAGAACGUGAAGGUCCAACCUACAGUACAGCCUGGGGUGCAGUAUCCGUUGGGGGCUAUCAAGAAGACUCGGCUUGCCAACAAGGCUCGCGUGGGUAAUGAUAUCACUUUCGAGGAGGUGAUUCAACAGGAAGAUCUGAAGCUUGCUGUGCUCAGCUCUUUCAUGUGGGAUGUUGAGUGGCUCUAUCCGAAAUUUGACCCGACACGAACCAGACUUCUUCUGGUAAUUGGAGCCAAGGAACAAUCGGAGCGUGACAAUCGCACAAAAGAAGUCGAGGGGAUACCCAAUAUUCGUCUCUGUUUUCCACCUAUGGCGGCACAAGUCAACUGUAUGCAUUCAAAGUUGAUGCUACUUUUCCACUCCGAAUACCUUCGUAUUGUGGUCCCUACUGCAAAUCUUACUCGGUUUGACUGGGGGGAGCAGGGCUUGAUGGAGAAUACUGUUUUUCUCAUCGAUCUGCCGAAGAAGUCUCCCGGAACUAGUGAAUCUAGACCAGCAUUCAAAGAUGAGCUGGUGUAUUUUCUGAAGGCCAGUAAUUUGAAUGUGAACAUCAUUGCGAAACUGGACAGCUUUGAUUUUAACAUGACUUCUCGAUAUGCGUUCGUGUACAGUGUAGGUGGCACCAAUGAUGGUGAUUCCUGGAAAAGGAAUGGAUACCCUGGGCUUGGCCGCGCCGUGGCCAGAAUGGGUCUCGAGUCAUCAGAGCCACUCGAAAUAGACUACGUGACUUCUUCCGUUGGUUCUCUGAAUGACGAUUUUCUUCGAGCGAUGUAUUUGGCCGCUAAAGGCGAUGAUGGUUCAAUGGAGUACACUUUACGAACGACCAAGACCUCAUCAACACAAACAAAUGAUGAGCGGAGGAAAAUGAUGCUCCGCAAUGGAGAGGAAUGGCACGACCGUUUCCGUGUUUACUUUCCAUCGGACCAGACUGUUCGUGCUGCCCACGCCAGGCCCGCGGACACUGCCGGAACAAUUUGCUUUCAGCCACAAUGGUGGCAUGGGUCAAAAUUUCCUCGUCGCGUGCUCAAGGAUUGUGAGAGCGAGAGGGGUGUGUUGAUGCAUAAUAAGCUUAUGUUCGUCCGACCCUCUCACUCAAUACCGCUGCGGGGAACAAAUAUCGAGUGUCAGGGAUGGGCGUAUGUUGGAAGUGCAAAUCUCUCGGAGAGUGCCUGGGGUCGCCUUGUCAAGGGCCGUGGUCCCGGUGGCCAAAUGAAGCUUAAUUGCCGUAACUGGGAAUGCGGCGUGGUCGUGCCUGUAACAAAGCUCUGCGAUAGCUCGCUGUCUACUACCAGCUCAGAGACACUCGAAGAAAUCACGGAAAGAGCUACCCUCCACGACACUUUUCGCGACACUAUCCCUGUUCCCAUGAAACUCCCUACAUCCGACCUUACCGAGAGCCGUGCUCCGUGGUUUUAUUCAACUCCAGCAUUUUCAUGA